AGAUGUUAUAUUUUACUACUUGAGAAAGAAACUGAAGUAUGAUCCUCGGGUUACUGUUUCUGCAACUACGACCGAUUUUAAUUUUUACAACAAGGUGGUUGAGUUGUAUGAAAACUUUGUGAAGUCUAAGAAAAAUAUUGAUUAUGUGCCUAAGAGUAAUAUGGUAAUUGAGUAUAUGGAGGGGUAUUGUAUGUAUGCUAAUACUCGGUGGUUGUUUGUUGAUUAUGUUUUGAUAUAUGUUCAUGUCAAAGAUGAUCAACAUUGGGUUUUAGUUGUUUUUGAUAUAAAGAAUAGGUGUCUCAAUGUCUAUAAUUCAAUGUGGUCGAAAAGAGAUGGUGACAAGACGACAGGAUUGUAUAUCAGGCCUCUUGCUGUUAUGUUGCCAAUAUGUUUGCAUUUGAUGGACUUUUAUAAUCGAAGGGAGGAUAUUGACCGGAGCAAAGGUUGGUUUAGAGGGAAGAAAGACAGUGAGAAGCUUGAUGUGUUUACUGUGACUAAUCUGCCUCAGCAAUUGGAUAAUGAUUGUGGGUUGUUUGUUGCUAAGUAUGCUGAGUUUUUUAUCCACGGUGCGAUUGAUUUACUUCCAAAUCCAUUAGAUGUGAAGUUCUUUAGAAACAAGCUUGCUGUGGAUCUGUAUGUUCAUGCUAAGAAGAAGGAGAUCAAUGGGUACGAGUCUGAAUCUGAGUUUCCAGGGAGGAUUGGAAGAAGUGGACAGAAAUGAAGGCUUAGGUUUAGAAGUGGACAGAUUGGAAAAUGCAUAGUAACUUUUUUGGAUUGUUUGUAAAUAGUUACAAUAUAGUAACUCUUUUGGAUAUUUUUAGUACCUUUUUGUGUUUCUAAGACUAAGUACGAUUUGUUGUUGUUAUUAUUUGCCUUAUAAUGGAUAUUGGCAAAGUAUUAUGUUGGAUAUAUAUUUUGGAUUUUUAGUGUGAUAUUUUUGUUGAAGUUUAUAAUGUUUUGUUGUAUGUAUGUUGAUUAUUUUUUUUUAAAGAUUGAUAUUAUUGAAUUAUUUAUAAAAAGGUGAUUCUAUUAUUUCUUUAUUUUUUAUUUUUUUUACAGGAGUUAUAAUUAGCCGUUGGGUAUGGCAUAGGAAGAGUGACUGUAUUUUUAUGAGAUUAAUUAUAAUUAAGGUACACAUUAGUAACUGUUUCUUAUAUGAGAUUAAUGAUUGUAUCUUCAAAUUUUCCAUGUGGAAAUCUUUAUUUGAUGUUGAAUUAUUCAAACAGAACAUACAUGAAAAAAGAAGAAAUUUGGUUGCAGAUAGUAAUUGGAACGUAUUGUUCAUGUUUAUUUAGUAGUUGUAGGAAUUCAAUGUCUAUUUAGCAUCUUUUUCUCUUUG